AUGAGCUGUGUGUGUGUGUGUUCUCUCCCCAGGGUCACACACAAGUGAACUUCGUGUCCACGCUGCUCCAGGUCACCAUGUCAGACCAGCUGGACCUUCCCGUCAGACAAGCAGGUGUAAUCUAUCUAAAGAACAUGGUGACUCAGUACUGGAGUGAGGCCGAGGGGACAGAGACUCCAGGCAGCAACAUUCCGGAGGAAGAUCGCCAGUUCAUCCGAGACAACAUAAUAGAAGCCAUCAUCCACUCGCCGGAGAGGAUACGGGUGCAGCUGACGACCUGCAUCCAUCACAUGAUCAAGCAGGACUACCCUGGCAAGUGGACGGCCAUCGUGGACAAGAUCGCCUUCUACCUGCAGUCUGACAACAGCAGCGCGUGGCUGGGCAUCCUUCUGUGUCUCUACCAGCUGGUCAAGAACUACGAGUAUAAGAAGCCAGAGGAAAGGCAGCCCCUGGUGGCGGCCAUGCAGAUCUUCAUGCCCAUGCUUCGAGAGCGCUUUAUUCAGCUCCUGCCAGACGCCUCCAGUGACUCCGUUCUCAUCCAGAAACAGAUCUUUAAGAUCCUCUACGCCCUGUUCCAGUAUAACCUGCCUCUGGAGCUUAUUAACAGACAGACUCUGACGGACUGGAUGGAGAUUCUGAAGACCGUGGUGGACAGAGACGUUCCUCCAGAGACUCUUCAGGUGGAGGAGGAGGAGAGACAGGAGCUGCCCUGGUGGAAAUGUAAGAAAUGGGCUCUGCACAUCCUGGCCCGUCUGUUUGAGAGGUACGGUAGCCCUGGAAACACCACCAAAGAAUAUGGCGAGUUUGCAGAGCUGUUCCUGAAGGGUUAUGCCGUGGCUGCGCAGCAGGUCCUGUUGAAGGUCUUGUACCAGUAUAAGGAGCAGCACUAUGUAGCUCCACGGGUUCUGCAGCAGACGCUCAACUACAUCAACCAGGGCAUUGCUCAUGCCGUCACCUGGAAAAACCUCAAGCCACACAUACAGGGCAUCAUCCAAGACGUGGUGUUCCCGCUCAUGUGCUACACAGACAGUGAUGAAGAGCUGUGGCAAGAAGACCCUUAUGAGUAUAUCCGUAUGAAGUUUGACGUGUUUGAGGAUUUCAUCUCCCCCACUACAGCAGCACAGACUCUGCUGUUCACCGCAUGCAACAAGAGGAAGGAAGUUCUGCAGAAGACGAUGGGUUUCUGUUAUCAGAUCUUGACUGAUCCCGCCACUGACCCCCGCAAGAAGGACGGAGCUCUACACAUGAUCGGCUCACUGGCAGAGAUCCUGCUCAAGAAGACCAGAAGUGGGCCUGGGCAGGAGUCAUAUUAA